AUGUACCAGCUUCUGGCUGUGUACAGCUCAGCUCUAACUGAAGAGAUGACUCAGCUUCCUUCUGAUUCUUUAAAGUAUCUCAGCUGGUGUGACAUAGAGGACCAUGAUGUUCGAGGAAAUCAGCUUCAUUGUCCACGAGUGAGAGAAGGGCCUACAGAAGAAGAGCUAUUUUUCAGAGGAGAAGAACAUAUUUUGAAAAAAAGAAAACAAGUAACUGAGACAGAGAAGUGGCAAAAGAAACUGCAAGAGAACUGGGAAAACUGUGCUGAGCUGAACCUUUCAUUUCAGGACCUGGGUGAUCUUUACCAGGUGGAAAACUUCAAAAGGAUUCUCAAACGAUUAAUUCGGGUGGAAAAACUUUGGUUGGUGGACAAUUCUUUGACAGACUUAAGUGCCAUAAGGUUGCCAAGAUGCAGAGAACUAAAUGUCAAUAAAAACCACUUCACAUCCUUCAAGCAUCUGCCAAAGAUACCUCAGAUUCAGCACUUAUCACUUGCUGAAAAUAACAUUAUGACACUGAGUGGAAUAUCAGACUUCAGACAUACUCCACUUGAAUCUCUUAUACUCAAGAGGAAUCCCUGUGAGUUUCAAGAAAGAUACAGACAACUUGUAUUCUCCAGUUUGCCAAAUCUGAAAAUGCUGGAUGGUAUCCCCAAACUGCCAGAGGACUAUUCACCCCCAAAGAUCAGGUUUAUUUUCAAAAUGUGUACUAUACUCUAGCACUGUAUUUUUGCAGGAUUACAGCUGUGCUAGAAUCAUCUCACAUAAAAGA